AUGGUGAAAGCCUACUUGAACUACAAGCAUGCUGCUUCUUUCGGCCUGACGGCAACGCCUUCCGCGAACCUCGUCCUCUUGCCUGGCGUAGGACCCUCCUUCAGCAGCUGUAGCGGCGACUUAGUGUGGUGCUGCUGCGGCAGCGAAGCUGUCUUGUGGCAUACGCAGCAACGCCAGCAGUUGCUGCGUCUGCAGCCCCCCCCUGUGAUGCUCCCAGAUGGCGAACUCGAGGUGUACAGACAGGCCGCCACGGUGGUGGCUCCUGCAGCUGUAGCCGCAGCCGUUGCCGUUGGCUACAGCGAUGGCAGCAUUCGCGUAUGGUCAUUAAAUACCUCCGCUGCAGCGACUGCUGCACUCGAGGGAAAGCAACAUCUCCUGCUCUCAACUGCCUCCCCCUCGCUCGUCUUGCAUGGGCAUCGCGGUUCUGUUUCUGCGCUUCAGUGGGCAGUCAGCAGCAGCACCACUAUCCGCAGUCUCAGCAGCACGAGCAGCACGCACAUUAGCGAAGACUUACUCGUGUCGGGAGGGGUCGAUGGUGAUGUCAUUGUAUGGGAUGCUCUCGGAGGAAUAGGUCGCUGCCGUUUGCGUGGUCAUACGCAGCCAGUGACAGCUCUACUCCCGCUGCAUGCAACGCUAGCUCUGGAAGCAGCUGCAAAGGAAGAGGCAGAUGCAGAAGAAGACGCAAUCGCAGCAACUGCGACUGCAGCAACUGCAGCACGAGACGGAGAAACGCAGCAACACGCAGCACCCGGCAAACAGAGAAACAACAAGCGAAAGGCACAUAGCCACGUCAGCCAAAACAGCAGUGAUGCAUGCAACACUACAAACAGCAGCGUACUGCUUUUGAGCGGCUCUAAAGACGGUCUCCUCAAGAUCUGGGAUGUAGAUCUCCAGCUAUGUCUUCACACGGAAGUUGGUGCAGCAGAAGCAGGAGAAGUGUGGACGCUCGCUGUUAAUCCAUGCCAAACGCGUUUGUUUGUUGGUGGAGGUGAUCACAAGAUUCGUGUAUUUGCUCUACACCUUGGGCUGCAUGCAGCGGCAGCGUCAAAUGCGUCUGCCUCAGAGGCAGCAGCAGCGCAGAUUACAAGGGCAGUGACAAGGUAUUUGGGAAGUGUCUCUCCGAAUCGCAGCAGCAAAAAGCAACGCGUGCGUUGGCUGCAGUUUGUAGCAACUGAGGAGGAGUCUCUCUCGCCAGCGGCAGCAGCAGCAGCAGCAGGAGAGGGGGUGAGCUCGCCUGUACGGACAGGAGGUUUGCUGCUCUGUUGCAGCGGAGGAUCACGCAUCGUGGAUUUUUACCGCUGUCUGAAUGCAGAAGAGCAGAAGCGGCAGCAGCUGAAGCGUGAGCGUCGUGCUCAGCAGCGCCUCAAGAAGAAGCAGCAGCAGGAGGAAGAAGAAAAGGGUCAGCAGCAGCACGAUCAGCAGCAGCACGAUCAGCAGUUUUCUGAGAUGCUGUAUGUGGGUUCGCUGCAUGCAUCGGCUGUCGUCAAGGGAUUUAACGCGCGUGGCAUUCGCACCAGAGCCAGCAGCAACAGCAGUGCAGCAGAUCUCCGCCGUACAAGCAGUCUGUGCGUUCGAAUUUGCAUGAACCUCAACAACAACACGCUGGAAGUGUGGAAGGCGGAUCCUCUACUCCUCCGCAAAUAUCGCGCAAACGGGGAGGACGCGUUUGAGCAUCUUACAAGAUUUUCUUCGGGAGGGCAUGCAGGGCAGUUACGGAGUCUCUGCACUUCUCAUGAUGAUGGAUACAUCCUCUCAGCUGCAGACGAGGGAGCAAAAGUUUGGAGUGCGUCUUCAUCAACAGUGCGCUGUGUCAAGACACUUCCGUGUGAAGAGCCUCAGUGCGGCUUUGUCAUGGCGGGAAAUGAGCAUAUCGUUCUCGGAUGCAGAAGCGGCGAGUUGCUUCUCUUCGAUCUUGGCUCGAACGAAUUGUUGCAGCGCACAGCGGCGCAUGCAGGAGCUGUCAACGCCCUAGCAGAGCACCCUAAACACACAGGGUUUGCAUCUGCCUCUAGCGACAAGACUGUGAAGCUCUUUGCAUUUUACAUCUCCGACGAGCUGUCUGAGGCGCAUGAAAAGAAGAAGAAAAAGGCGGGAGGAGGAUUCUCCCCAAAAGAUCAGCAUCAGCAGAUAUCGCUUCGCUGCGAGGGUUCCUUCAACGUUCCUGAUGAGGCGCUGGAUGUCGCGUUUCAUCCAGUAGGCAACCUUCUGAUUGUGGCGCUCAUCGACCACACGAUUCUUGUGCUGCAUGCAGACACAGGUCGCAUUCGGCUGUCGCUCUAUGGCCAUAAGCUGCCAGUAACGAGCGUUGCGGUGUCUUCCUCGGGAGCCUUGUUGGCUUCAGGCUCCGUUGACAAAUCUCUGAAGAUCUGGGGAUUGGAUUUUGGCGAUAUUCGCAAAAGCUUCCGCGCGCAUGAGGAGACAGUCACAAAGGUUGCAUUCUUGCCAUUAACGCACUAUGUCUUGACGGCUGGGUUGGACGGCUUCAUCAAGCAGUGGGAUGCAGACCGUCACUUGCUGGUGAAGGUGUACGCAUGCGGAGUUUCCGCUAGAGGGGGCUGCCUGGGAGGUGCUGCCCUCUCUGCUCUUUGUCUUUCUGCAGACGGAGACUUUUUCUGCUGCAGCGAUAGCAGCAGACAGCUCCAUCUUUGGCGCCGUACUGACGAGCAGGUGUUUGCGGAAGAGCAGCAAGAGCGGCGCUUGCUGCAGCAGCAGCAGCGGGAGGCAGAAGGUCUUGAAGAAGCAGCCGCGACUACAGCGGCGGCUGUUACUGCAGUUGCUCCUACAGUCAUCAUGGAGCGCCCUACCAAACUAACGGAUGAGGCUUUAAAAACUGCAGACAAGCUUAUCGAGGCGCUGCAAGUGGCACGACAGCAACGCGAAGAGGAUGCCGAGUUUGCGACUGCAUUUUUCCGCUGGGUAUCUGCGUUGCCACGUGAUGGUUGCAGAUCUUCAUUUGAAGCAGAUCCUUUGCCGAUGCCUCCGGCAGCUCGUCCGGAGUUGCUGGGCUGUUCGGCUCAUGAGCACCUGUUGCGGUGUAUAUACAGCAUAAGAGCGGCAGAUGCAGGCGAAGUGUUGCUCGCACUCCCGUUGGACUAUGCGCUGGAGCUGCUGCAGUUUCUGACAGAACUCUUGGAAACGGAGGCUGCGAGGCUUUUUAAAGACAGCGACGCUGCACAGAGCAAGGAGCGACGUCUGCAACCUCUUGAGCACCAAUGCAUGCUACCAGGUCCAACAGAGGUUGCUGUGCGCUUGGCUCUGCAGCUCGUGCAGCUGCACUUCCGCCUGUUCAUCGUAUGCGACAAGCAUCGCAGUCUCAUACAGAGGCUGAGGGCUGUUAUUCGCCCGCUGCUGCAGUACCAACGCGACGCUUUGCGUUUCAAUUCCGCAGCACUCGGCGUCCUGCUGCGAUGCGUUUCCAGUAGCAGCAGCGAGGCACUCCACCAGCUGCGAGAUCAGGUGUCCAUACACCUGCCGCCGACUAAGAAGAAGAGACGCGGCGGUCCGGCUAGCGGCCUUACAGGGCUUUAA